AUGGCCUCACUGAGCCGAGCCCUGCGUGUAGCCACCACCUGCUGUGGAAGGAGACCUGCCCAGGGCCUGGGGCUGCAGCCCCUCGCCAGUGCGGCCAGUCCCACAGCUGAGAAGAAUGUGCCGUACCAGCGGACCCUGAAGGAGGCACUGGGCCCCUCAGAGGUGGCCCAAGGACCCAGCCAGCCCCUGCCCAGCACAGCCAAUGUGGUGAUCAUUGGUGGUGGCAGCUUGGGCUGCCAGACCCUGUACCACCUGGCCAAGCUGGGUGUGAGUGGGGCAGUGCUACUGGAGCGAGACAGGCUGACCUCUGGGACCACCUGGCACACGGCAGGCCUGCUCUGGCAGCUGCGGCCCAGUGACGUGGAGGUGGAGCUUCUGGCCCACACGCGGCGUGUCGUGAGUCGCGAGCUGGAAGAGGAGACUGGGCUGCACACAGGCUGGAUCCAGAAUGGGGGCCUCUUCAUUGCAUCCAACCGGCAGCGUCUGGAUGAAUACAAGAGGCUCAUGUCGCUGGGCAAAGCCUAUGGCGUGGAAUCGCAUGUGCUGAGUCCAGCAGACACUAGGGCUCUGUAUCCGCUGAUGAAUGUGGACGACCUCUACGGGACCCUGUAUGUGCCGCAGGAUGGUACUGUGGACCCUGCCGGCACCUGUACCACUCUCACCAGGGCGGCUGCUGCCCGGGGAGCACAGGUCAUUGAGAACUGCCCAGUGACCGGCAUCCGUGUACGGACAGAUGACUUUGGGGUACGCCGGGUUGCAGCUGUGGAGACAGAGUAUGGCUCCCUCCAGACGCCCUGUGUAGUCAACUGUGCAGGAGUGUGGGCAAGCGCUGUGGGUCAGAUGGCCGGAGUCAAGGUCCCGCUGGUGGCCAUGCACCAUGCCUAUGUUGUCACGGAGCGCAUCGAGGGGAUCCAGAACAUGCCCAAUGUCCGCGAUCAUGACGCCUCUAUCUACCUCCGCCUGCAAGGGGACGCCUUGUCUGUGGGUGGCUAUGAGGCCAACCCCAUCUUUUGGGAGGAGGUGUCAGACAAAUUUGCCUUUGGCCUCUUUGACCUGGACUGGGAUGUAUUCACCCAGCACAUUGAAGGUGCCAUCAACCGCGUCCCUGUGCUGGAGAAGACAGGGAUCAAAUCCACAGUCUGUGGUCCAGAAUCCUUCACACCUGAUCACAAGCCCCUGAUGGGGGAGGCACCAGAGCUCCGUGGCUUCUUCCUUGGCUGUGGCUUCAACAGUGCAGGAAUGAUGCUGGGUGGGGGCUGUGGGCAGGAGCUGGCCCACUGGAUUGUCCAUGGGCGCCCGGAAAAGGACAUGUACAGCUAUGACAUCAGGCGCUUCCAUCACUCACUCACAGACCACCACCGCUGGAUCCGCGAACGCAGCCACGAGUCCUACACCAAGAACUACUCUGUUGUCUUCCCCCAUGACGAGCCGCUGGCAGGGCGAAACAUGAGGAAAGACCCCCUGCAUGAGGAGCUCCUUGGACAAGGCUGCGUGUUCCAGGAGCGACAGGGCUGGGAGCGACCAGGAUGGUUCAGUCCCCGAGGGACAGCUCCGGUCCUUGAUUAUGACUACUACGGGGCCUAUGGAAACCCUGCACACAAAGACUACACCUACAACCAGCUGCUGAAGGAUGAAUAUACCUUUGACUUCCCACCCCACCAUGCUGUGAUCCAGAAGGAGUGUCUGACCUGCAGAGGAGCUGCCGCGGUGUUCAACAUGUCCUACUUCGGGAAGUUCUACCUGCUGGGGUUGGACGCUAGGAAGGCUGCUGACUGGCUUUUCUCCGCCAAUGUUAGCCGACCCCCAGGCUCAACGGUAUACACCUGCAUGCUGAACCAUCGGGGGGGCACCGAGAGUGACCUGACUGUCAGCCGCCUGGCCCUUGGAUCCCAGUCCUGCCCCCUGGCCCCCGCCUUUGAAGGGGAUGGCUACUACCUGGCCGUGGGCGGGGCUGUGGCCCAGCACAACUGGUCCCACAUCACCACAGUGCUACAGGACCAGAAAUUCCGGUGUCAGCUCGUGGACAGCUCUGAGGAGCUGGGCAUGAUCAGCAUCCAGGGCCCAGCCAG